GGGAGCCGAUGCGGCGGCGGCGGCGGCGGAGGUGGAGGUGGCGGCCGCCGUGUCCUCGGGGCCGCUGACCCCCGCCGGGUUCAGUACCUGCCACCCGUUCUGACCCCGUAGCUUGCGACCCAUGGCGGCGGCGAUCUUGCUCCGGAGAUGGCCGGGGCGCGUGGGCCGAGCACCUGGGUUUCCGGCGUCUGCCGCUCCCCGGGCCGGGAAGAGACCGGCUGUCCAGACCCGAUGCGGUUGCACCCGGACCCCCAAACGGCUCCAUCGGGAGAGCAGAGCCGGGGCUGCUGCCACGAGGCCGGACCUCCUGGAGUGGCUCGGGCCGCACACCCCUCCGGCCUGCCCGGCUCCUGAGCGAGGGCCCGGCGGGAGCCCGGCUGCUGGGCCUGGGGCGGGCAUGCGCCACGGUGGCCCCCGCGGGCCGACGCGGACCGGGAGACCCCCGCCAGGCCUCAGUGAAGCCUCCGUGGAAGCCUUCGACUCCUUCGAAGACCCCCGGGCCUUCUUGCGGCAGAGGCCCGAGUACCGGCGUCACAGCCACGACGGGUCUGAGCACCCGGAGCCGCUGCCGCUCGAAGAUGCAGAGCCGAUCCUACACCAGGCGGCUAUCCGGCCCGGCCCACUGGAGCCUGAGACGGCCGCCGACCUCCUGGGCCGCCUGAGUCGCCUCCCAGAGGAACAUCGCGCCACCCUGCUGAACCGGGCCAGCUUCGCCCGGCUGUGCCACCUCGGCGCCGAAAGCGCCCGGCUCUCGGGGGCACCCCAGCUCCUCGCCGUCCUGGAGGCCUUCGUCCGUCUGAGGGUCCCCCCGGCGCACCCUGUCCUGAAGGCAUACGAGACGGCGUUCUGCCUCCGGGCCUGGGACAUGACCCUGGACCAGCUCCUUCUCGGGGCCGACCUGUGGCGGUGCCUGGGGCGGAGCGUGCCCCACUUCCUGGGGAUCUGCUUCAGCUACAUGCACAUGCACUGGGACGAGCUCUUGCCUACUCAGCUGGUCCACCUGAUCUACCUCAUCGGGGAAGGCCGGCACGGGCCCCCAGACCUGAUGCGGAAGCUGGAGUCCCUGGUGGCGAAACACCUGAGCCAGUUGAGUCUGGAGGAAGUCGGGGCCAUCUGCCUAGGGUUCUUCAAGUCCAGCAGCGGCCUGUCGGACCACCUCAUGCGCCGGAUCGGGGACAAGGCCGCGGCGAGCAUGGAGGAGCUGAGCAGCUAUGCCCUGGUCAACACCAUGAAGAUGCUGCGUUUCACGCACGUGGACCACCCGGUCUUCUUGGAGCGGUUCAGCCAAGUGGCCCCUGGGCGCAUCCCCUCCCUGGGCGUCCAGGGGGUCAUGCAUCUGACCCUGUCCUGCUCCGCCCUGCGCUACCGGGACGAGGCCGUCCUGGGCGCCGUGGCAGCCUCCCUGCCCUGCCGGGCGUCCCGCUGCCGGAGCAAAGACGUGGCCAAGUUCCUGUGGUCAUUCGGGGUCCUGAGCUACGAGCCCCCCGAUGCUGAGGGGUUCUACUCGAGCCUGCUGGAGCAGCUGCACCGGAAGAUGCCUGAGUUCAUCAGGUACCCGGAGCACCUGCUCACCGGCCUGCUGGGCCUGGCGUUCACCCGUCGCUUCCCGGCCCCCCUCCUGGAUUUUGCCCUGAGCCCGGAGUUUGUCAGGCUGGCCCGGGGGAGCAGCAGGUUCGAGCUCACCAAGGAGUUGGUCACCCUCGACGGGGCCGUGGGCAUCGAGUGCCCAGACUACGGGGGCAACCGCCUGGCAGCCGACCUGCGGCGGGAGUGGGCUGAGAAGCUGUGGGAGUUGGCGAGGCAGGAUAUGUGCUCCAAGCCUGAGUUCCUGGAAGCCCUCUUCUUGCUCGAGAUCGUGCUGGGGGGUCCCCUGCACCUCCGGCACCAUAUGAUCGCCCCCCACACGCGCUCGUCGGAUGUGGAGGUCCGGCUGGACGCCAACAACCGGCCGCUCCCUUUCAACUGGGAGGCCCGACCGGCCGGGGAGCUGCCAAAACCCAAGCUGAAACCGGCGGGGGUUAGUCUCACCGACGAGCUGGUGGAGCGGCUCCUCAAGGGGAACUCGGGGGGGCCCUCCCCCAGCAACGAGCGGCCGGAGGAAGGGGACGUUCGACCUGCCGUCCAGGCCGGCCCCGCCCCGGCGGGGGCGAAGCUUGCCAUCCAGGUGACCCACAGGAACCAGUACUGUUAUGGCACCAGGCAGCUCCUCGGGCUGCACGCUAUGAAGCGGAGGCAGCUGCGCCAGCUGGGCUACACUGUGGUGGAGGUGCCCUUCUGGGAGUGGGUCCCCCUGCUCCGCCGGCCCCGGGCCCAGAAGCUGGCCUACCUCCACGAGAAGGUGUUCGGCUCUGCUCCCCGGAGCUGACGGGCACCCGGGGCCCAGACCGACAGCCGGGGCUGGGGAGCCGAUGCAGUGAACUUGGGCAAAUCUGAUGGUCGGAAGUGGCCCUGGUCCCCACGAAGAUGGUUAUAAACCUCUGCCUCCCUCAGUUCAGGCCCAGGAUCCACU